CAGACUAACUUUCCCCACCCCUAAAGUAAAAACUCCGUCGCUCCAUGUUGUUUUGGUUUUUUUUUUCCUCACAGUAGAGCUGCUGAAGAAAAGCGAGAAUAAAAACACACUACAGGAGGGACAAAAGAGGAGGAGAAUAACGGAGGUGGAGGAAGAAAACAAGUGAAGUAAUAAUAACAAGCAGAUUAGUGGGAAAAGACUGGAGUGGACUGGCUGGGAAAAAAGACAAGUGGAGGAAGAGACUUGCCCUAAAUUAAUAUAAAUAUUUAAUUUGAGAGGUUCCUGCUUUUGUGUGAAGAUUUUUUGGUUUACCUUCUGCACACUAAAAAGGAAGUGACACCAUGACAACAGAAAUGCAGGAGAUCGCCAUCACUGAGGACAAGCCUUUACUUACGGGUCAGGCUGACUCCACCAAGGAUGCUGAACUGGCGGCUAGGAUUCUCCUGGACCAGGGACAGGAGCACAGCGUUGAGACGCCUCAUGGAGUUCUGCAUGUGACCCUUCACGGCACGCGAACCACCCGCAGACCUGCGAUCCUCACCUUCCACGACGUGGGCCUGGACGGUAAGAGCUGCUUCUCGCCGCUCUUUAAGUUCGAGGAGAUGCAGGAGAUCAUCAAGCACUUCACCGUGAUUCACGUCGACGCUCCGGGACAAGAAGAGGGCGCGGCUGCCUACCCAACGGGUUACCAGUUUCCCUCCAUGGACACCAUAGCUGAGAUGAUUCCCGCCGUCCUCCAGUUUUUCAACUUCCGCACCGUUAUUGGCAUCGGUGUUGGAGCGGGAGCGUACAUCCUCUCCAAGUUCACACUCGCAAACCCAGAUUCAGUGGAAGGUCUGGUUCUGGUCAACAUCGACCCCAACGCUCGAGGAUGGAUCGACUGGGCCACUCAGAAGCUCAGCUCAGUGACAUCAUCGCUCACAGAUCAGAUCCUGUCUCACCUCUUCAGUCAGGAGGAGCUGUGCUCAAACACAGAGCUGGUGCACACUCACAGAGACAGGAUCAAUAAAGCGUCGAAUCUGGUCAACAUUGAGCUUUUCUGGAAAACGUACAACAGCCGCAGAGACUUGUGCAUCGACCGCAGCAGCACCUUCAAGUGCCCAGUGAUGUUGGUGGUGGGUGAUCAGGCUCCGUACGAGGAAGCCGCUGUGGAGUGCAACAGCAAACUGGACCCAACAACCACCUCAUUCCUGAAAAUGGCCGACGCUGGUGGUCUCCCACAGCUGACACAGCCCGCUAAACUGACCGAGGCGUUCAAGUACUUCAUCCAGGGCAUGGGCUACAUGGCGUCAUCUUGCAUGACCCGCCUGUCCCGCUCGCGCACCACCUCCCUCUCCUCGUCCUACUCCAUGGACGGCUCUCGCUCCCGCUCCCGCACGCUGUCGCAGGGAUCGCAGGGCGGCCAGAUGCCGUCCAGCCCCUCCCAAACCAUGGAGGUGUCCUGCUGAAGAAAUAUAGCAAGAGAGAGAGAGAGUGAGAGAGAAUGAUGGAGAGUGAGAGGGAGUGAAAGGAGUGAGGGAAAGCUGAUGAUGCACGACAAUAACACAGGAGCAAGAACGAGUGGGUUUACGAAUUUGUCAGUGAACAAAACCCCGUCACCCCCCCCCCCCCAGUGGAGCCGACGAGAAACAGACGGAGGGAGAGAGGAAGAUGGAAGUGAAUCCUCCACUUUUUUUUUUCUCCUCAAAUCCCUGAAAAUAUUAGUUGAGAAGAGAUUGAACGCCAAAUGGUGGAGGUGGGGAAAGAAUGGCGGCCAUUUUACUCUCCCUCCCUCUGUUGGAGCCUCCGCUUUUCCAUGAAACAGUUCUAGCACAACUCGGCUCGGCUCGGCUCAUUUGGUAUCAGUCACGCCGUUUUUCCCAUGACUUCCCCAUCCUCAACAUGGGCGGGGCCAUCGUAGCACGGCUGCGCGAAACUGCUGCGGCGUCGUUUUAAUACGCAACACAAAUAGUCAGUGACGGUCAAAGCAGUUGUUUUGGGUGUAACUGAAUCGUUAGAAUCAGUUCAUUAAAAAGAUUUGUUCACUGAAAUACGACUGAGCGGGUCGUGAUUCGGCUCACGGCCGCCGGCUUUCAGCAGUGCUGUCGCUAAAUACACCAGACUCCUCUGUUAAAUAUUGAGAUAUUAGACAGUUCCUUUGAUAAAUGUUGGAGAUUAACACGUGAUCAAGGCAUUGUUCGCUUUGAUUCUUGCGUCGGACGUCGCGCUCAUGACUCUUCCAGUGACGACACUCUCUGACCAAUCCGUAGCCGGCAGUCUGUCGACGUCACAUUUUAGUAUCGGAUCCUUUUCCUUGGAACCCUCAACAGAGCAGGUACUAUCGUGAAUGGAAAAGACGAGUCGUGCUAGAACUGUGUAAUAGAAAAGCCUUUUAAUGAAGACAAAGGUCACAGUCGAUAGAGACUGCUCACCUUUGGGUUAACCAAUAGAAAAAAUGUUAUUGCUCUUGAUGCUAAUGGUUCUAUUGUUCAUGAUACUGAAGCGAAUAAUAAUAUUAAUGAUGAUGUUGAUGAAAUAGAAGAAAAAAAAAUAACAACACUUUUCUCUUUAUUACUCAACGAGUUUAAAAAUAACUUAGAUUUAAAAAAAAAACAUACUAUAGCAGAGAUACUUAUAACAAUGUGUGUGUACUACUUUUUAAGCUAGUUUAUAAUUAUCGUGUUAUGUUUAUUUAGUUUUUUUUAUUUUAUUUUCUAAUCUGUAAACCUGCCUCAGCGAAGAAAAGGGAGCUACUGAUUGGUCACAUGGUGGACCCGUUAUCCGUGACAGUACUUCCUGCGUAACGUUGCCUGGUUCUUUACGUCUUCCAUUUGCCCCGUUUGUACGUGACUGUCUUGUUUUCCCUUUGGAUUCGAGGAAGUAUAAGCGGAAGUUGUUUUUUUUUUCCGUCUUUCAGUUUGGAAGUUGCAUGUGUGGUAUCCGCCCAUGUGAAUACUGACCAGAUGAUCUUUUAUAUGAGCUGCGUGGAUUUGAAAAUGCAGGUGUGUUUUGGGGGGUUUUUGUGAUGAAAGUGUUGGCAGGUAAACGCAAAGACGCAAGACUGAGGGUGUCUGCACACGUUAGCUAGCUAGCUAGAUAGCACCCUGUUGCUAACGCUAGUUGCACACUGAAUAGUGCUUCCAACACUGCUGGCCGUGCUAAUAUUUAGUCCUGUGUGCUACUUACCAGGGAGCGUUACAUCACCGAGUAGUAAUGCGAGGAUGGAUAUUGUACCGUAGUGUCCGAUGUGGCCAGAAGGGAUCACUGUGCUCACGUUCUGGGUUGUAAAACAGUUUAUGCUGUGUUCACACAGGGCGUGGGUUUACGUAAAAAAUUGUCAACACACAGACGCGAGUGGAUGCAAUUUGUGCGAAUGGCGUGACGACGCUCGAGUUGGAAAUGUCAUCCAACCUUGGCAAAGAGUUUGCGUCGACGCGAUGACCAAUCAGCACUGAGAUUCUCCCGGUGAGGUCACGUACUUGCUGGCGGGCCAGACCGCGGCUCUACGACACAAAUCGGCCAGAAGUCGAGCAGCUAAUUUGAUGACUUUUUAGCUUCGUUCCGCGGCCAGGCCAGAAUUUCCCGGGGUGAUACCAACUCCGGGCGUUUCGUCCCAGAUGUGGAGCGUCUGCUCGUCAUACGAAAGUAUCGUCAGAAGCGGUUCUCAUCCGUACCGAGCUCCCAAAGUGAAUUCACCAAGUUGUUUCCGGCUCCGGAUGGUGUUAUGAAACCCCACAAAACGGCGGUUUUCUUCUCUGCAGGCGUACUGAGGUGUGAAAAGAAAUGCCCAGUACUUCUGUCUUAGGGCCAAAAUACGGCCUUUUCCAGAAUUUGCAUCGAUCAGCGCGAAAAAUUCACGUUCGGUGUGAACUUGACAUUAGCCAUACCCGUACAUGGAUACCUCCUCACAAACCCAGCAUACUUGAGUUUUUGUGCAUGCGACAAGAGGUAAAAUGAACAUGCACUCCUUUCCAGCAACAAGCGACUUUAUUCAACAAGAUAAUUCAAGAGAAUUCUGUGUGUGUCUGUGUGUGAGUUUAUCUAAAAAAGAGUAUGCGGUGUGUGUCUUGUUAGCACAGAUGCAGCCUGAAGAGGACAAAUGUCUGGGACCUUUACAAAGGUUUAGUGAUAUCAGAUGGGUAUCAAUUAGCGUCAGGAAUAUAAAAAACGGUGCUGUCAUCAGUAUUUAUGUCACAUUAAUUCCAUCUUUGCUGACAUUUUCUGGUUCCCAACCAUACCUUAAUGAUGAGACGCUACUAGCAUAACACGAUUAUGUUUGACGUGGUGCUACGUAGUUUACUCUCCAGCAAACAAGUGCCCAAAUGUUGCCCUAAUGACUGAAGCUAGCACUCAUUGUGGUUCAACGUGUAGCUAGUUAGAUUAGUUUUGUCUCACUUUAAAUUAAAUUUAGCUAAAAAUGCAGCACCUCGACUGCUAGCACACAAGCUAACAUGGUGUUUCAGCACCACAUACAGGUCUGGCAUAUUUCUUGAAAUUGUUCUGCGUUUCCAGAAAGCUUUUUAAGACGUUUGUACAGGGAACGUUAUGUUCCUGCGUGGCUAAGGCCGUAUUCCUGACCAUGAACCAGCCCGUUCACUGCCACCAGGUGGAGAAGAAGCGUUGCCACAAAGGUCUCAUGUUUGCGAUAUAAUCAGCCAGUAUCUGAAGCAACUGACCUGGAAUCGCUGCCAAAAAAAGACAAAUUCAACUGCCAAAAACCGAAGGCCCAAAAUUUCAACGGUAGAAAGGCUGUGAGCAAAACAUGUUGCAUCUUUUUGAGUAUCAGUUAUUGCGUCUCUGUCACUGAAUCUUCGUUCAUGUUUCAACAGCAGAUCAAUACAAAGCUUAACCACUGCCGUCUGACGGGUACAUGUAGCCGUUAGACUUGACCGUACGUGUGAAGGACCCGUAAAUUAAAAACAAUCCAGUAUCCGUGGAGCAAAUUGUGCAUUUUUAACAAAAAAAAAAAAUAAGCAGUAUCAUCUUUAUGUCCUGUUUUUUUCCACAUGCUAACUCUUCUUUUACUACAAACCUGUUGGAUGAAGUUCACAUGAAUGAGGAGAGUGACGGUUAAGUCAUUGGAAGGUCUACGAAAUGGAUUUUUCGCCGCUGUCCAGAGUGAACAGUGUAAAUAUUUUUGCCCCUCCCCGAUGGAAAUUGAUUUUUUUUUUUGUAUCAGAAAUGGGAUAAAGGAGGGAAGCAUGGAAUAAAAAAAAAGCCAAAUAACGAAAAAGGAGCAGAGCUUCUUUUGGAGCGUUGGGCUGUGUGAUUGUAAAUGCUCGUCCAUUUUUUUGUCUCACUUAAUUUUUACUUUAUUGUUUUUUUCCCUUUCCCCUUGUGUUUUUUUUUCGGGGGGGAUUUCUUUUCUGCUCUGUGAAGUGUCAGUUUACCGUCCCAGUGUGCUCACAACUUACUUAACUGUGUGAUAGCUCUUGUGAAACUUUUUUAGCAUUAGCACCGAUAAGGGAGAAUAAUAUAAUUAACAAAUAAAAAAAUUAAAA